GAGAUGGGACGGAAACGGAAGGCCUACGAAGCCCAAGACGAGGAACCCAGCCCUGCAGGGGCUGAGUUGGAGCUAUGCUGGGAGCGGGAGACCUCCGACAGCGGGUGGCAGCGGUUCCUCGCGGAGCAGGGUGAGGCCCUAAGCCAGGCAGCCAGGGCGGGAAAGCUUUCCGUGGACCUCGGCGAGGCCUCCGUCGACCUGCGUGGGAUGGUGCUGUGGGAUAAACAGACCGGGCAGGAAGUGCGCGUGGCAGCAGCGGUUCGGGAGCGGGACGCUUAUUUUGUAUGGCGGUGGCGAGGGGACCAAGAAGGCGAUUGGCUGCCGUACCCGGCCGACACCUGCCUGGCCUUGCAGGCCGCGAAGAACGGCCACGGAGAGCCCACGGUGGAAGUGAUGGUUGGCCGGACCUGCUACAAGCUGGACACUGCCCGCAUGGUGCAGAUCAACACCCGUACUGGAUUUGAACGCGAGAUGGAAUGCUGUCGAUCUGACGCAGCAGAGCAUAAGGAGGGAGGAGCUCAAGCCAGCAACAGCUUCUCUGAUACCGGAGGUCCCACUGCAACAAAGAAGGCCCGGAACGGAGCGAAUACAGCGACCUCUCAGGGAGAGGGGGAUGCCAAGGGAGAGGCUGUGAAGACACUCGUCGUGAAGGGGAAAGCGCCCGUGGACCCAGAAUGCACUGCAAAGCUUGGCACAGCUCAUGUUUAUUGUGAGGGAGAUGACAUUUACGAUGUGAUGUUGAAUCAGACAAAUCUUCAGUUUAACAACAACAAGUACUACCUCAUCCAGUUGCUGGAGGAUGAUGGGGCGCGAAGCUACAGCGUCUGGACGCGCUGGGGGCGUGUGGGUAAACAAGGUCAGCACUCCCUUGUGAGUUGCGCUGGAGACUUGACUAAAGCCAAAGCCAUUUUCGCCAAGAAAUUCUUAGAUAAAACCAAGAAUGAGUGGGCCAAGCGAGGUAACUUUCAGAAGGUUCCAGGCAAAUAUGACCUUCUCCACAUGGACUACAAAGCCAGUGAUGCAGAUAAAGAGGAAGAGUCUUCACAGAAAUCAAUCUCAUGCCCCAAGCCGGUGUCGCAACUGGAUCCGCGGGUGCAGGCCUUGGUUGAACUGAUCUGCAGCAUCCGCACCAUGGAAGAGAUGGUUGUGGAGAUGAAGUAUGACACCAAGAAGGCCCCUCUAGGAAAACUGACGGCCGAACAGAUCCGGGCCGGUUAUCAGUCGUUGCAAAAGGUGGAGGCGUGUCUGAAGCGGAAGCAGACUGGCCGGGCCCUGGUGGAGGCCUGCAACGAAUUCUACACUCGGAUUCCACACGAUUUUGGACUGAAGACUCCCCCAUUGAUCAAGUCAGAAAAGGAGUUACAAGAGAAAGCGCAGCUAUUGGAAGCCCUCGGCGAGAUCCGUAUCGCCAUCAAGCUGGUGCGGUCAGAGCAACUGGAUCUUGAACACCCCCUGGACCGGAACUACCGCGGUCUGAGCUGCCAACUCCAGCCCUUAGAGCGGGACAACCCAGACUUCCAGGUAUUAGAGCGCUACCUGCUUUCCACCCACGCCCCGACCCACAAGGAUUACACAAUGACCCUCCUGGAGGCUUUCGUGCUGAACAAGGAAGGUUUUGCCUUCCGCUCUGACCUGCCCAACAGGAUGUUGCUGUGGCACGGAUCCCGCCUGGGGAACUGGGCCGGGAUUUUGAGCCAGGGGUUACGCGUGGCGCCGCCGGAAGCUCCCGUCACGGGCUACAUGUUUGGGAAAGGGAUCUAUUUUGCUGACACGUCCUCCAAGAGUGCCAACUACUGCUUCGCCACCCGCGAGAGGGACGUCGGCCUGCUCCUGCUUUCGGAGGUGGCUCUGGGCGAGUGCAACGAGCUGCUGGAGGCAGACCCCGAAGCGAUGAACUUGCCGCCCCACAAACACAGCACCAAAGGGCUUGGCAAGCUGGCCCCCGCCAACAGCACCACUCUGCACGGGGCUGCCGUCCCUCUGGGCCCAGUCGGGGAAACGGGUGUGGUAAACCCCCACGGCUACACCCUGAACUACAACGAAUUCAUCGUCUACGACCCGCGGCAGGUGCGGAUGAGGUAUCUCCUCAAGGUGCGCUUCAAUUUCACUCAGCUGUGGUGAGA